GAAAUACGCAUUGCUAGCCAUUUAUGGUUGCAGUUUGCUUUCAUAUUUUGGGGAAUCCAAAGAGAGGCGGUGAUUGGUUUCUGACUACCUCCCAUUAAGACAAUACACGCAAAGUGACUUCUGUGUCAGGAGUCAAAACACAUUAGUGAAUCAGCACAGUUACAUUGUAUGGAGUUGAACAAAGAAAAAUCGUAUCUCCACUGGAAGAAACCGUAAGAAUAAAAUGGAACAAGAAAACAACCCCAACAAGGCAAUCAGACAGAGAAGAACAUUCAGGUCUUUGGAUAAACAAGAAGCAAAAAGGGUUCUGGAAAUCUAUGUUAGGAGAAGUUUAAGGAACUCAGAGAAAACAAAAGAAAAUGAAUUUGAAAAAGAGAAUGGAUCCAAUAAAGAUCAGGGGCUACUCAGUGAAUCCUCAAAAUGUAAUGAGUUUGCUAAUAUGAAAAAGAGCAAUAUGGCAUGUGGACCUAAAGCUGAAGAGAAUGAAGAGAAUCAAGAUUGGAAUAUUGAGAGUUUACCACCAGAUGUUAAAGACGACAUGUUUAAAAGCAGGGUAGAUGAUGCAAACUGUUUUAAUGCCAAAAAACAGUCAUGGUUUAAGACACUUAUGAGCCGCUUAUUCAAGAGAAAAGAAAAUAAGGAAGACAUGCCAAUAAGAAAUGUGGACAAAACUGUGCUAGAAGUUAGUUGUCCAACUGAGGAUCAAGUAACUUCCUCCAAAGAGAAUGGCCCUCACACAUCAAAAAAAUUUACCCGGAAGACUAGCCUCAAACGUGUACUUAAUUUUACAAAGGGUACUUCUGAACAAGGGAAGGUAAUUACUCCUACAAAAGAAGAGUGCAACUUCAAGUUAAAAAGGCCUACACGUCUUUCGCUGAAAGGCAUCAACAGACCCUUAACAGGCAAAACUGGUAGGGAUUUUCCUAAGAACUGCAUAACAAUGUUUAUCACAUACAGUAUAAAAAAAAACGAUGAAUGUUAUCAGAAAUUAUCUGCAGAAAUUGAGCACAUAGUUAAAGAAUGCGAUGACCCGCAUGAAAGAAGUGGAGCACACGUCUCACAGAAUACUGAUGAAUGUGAUGCCUUGAUUAAAGCAAUAGUUUCUAUUCUCUGUAAAAAAGGGGAUGAGUUGAAUAGUAAGAUGAAAAAUGACCCAACACUUAACAGUUUCUUGAAAAACAUUUCCUACAAUUCAUUCAAGCAAUUAGCAGAUGUCUACAUUGACCAAGAAAUGAAAAAUAAAGACAUUUCUGCAAUGCCAGAUGACAUGAAAUUUGCAUAUUCUAUACAUUUUACAGCCCAAGUUGCUGGCAUAGCAUUCCAUCCUGUGAACAGAAUCAUGGGCUUUGGAAACCAAUAUCUUCAAGACACGUUCUUUGACUUUUCACGCUGCAAGGCAGACAAGGUUAACAGCACUGACUCGGAGAAAUGUACCCUCAGCCCUGAUUAAAAAAGAAGACACAGGUUUACAUUUUGGAAUAUAUUUGGAAUAGUACACAGAAGAUCAUACUCUGGAAUCAUUGGCACGUCUACUGAUGAAACUUUGGCUUAUCCGGUAUUCAUAUUAGAGUUUUUCUUUUCUGUGGGUCAGAAGAAUCUUUGCUUUCGUAUAUAGUAAAUGUUUGAUUCCUUUCAUAUUUGGAUCUUAUUUGUUCUUGGCCCUAUGAUUAAACACCUGGAUAAGGUACAAUGGCCUGGAAAGAAUAUAGGUUAUAACCAUUCAAAAAACAACGUAUAUUACCUCUACACAAAUCUGAUUUAUUUAAAAGAAAAAAAAGUUAAAAUUAGUUACAGUUGCAUGGUUUAUGAAUUUGUAUCUUGUGAUUUAGAUUUAGGUUUGCUAGAUGUGUAGAAGUUUAGCCAAAUAAUGGACUUGUAAACAGGACACACUAUUCCUAAUCAUAUUCUAAUAAUGUACAAAUGUUUGGAAAUAUUCUCUAUCGUUUGUAACAUAUGAAGGUAUAUAAGCAAACUUGAAAUGACUAGGACAUUCUGGAACAAGUACAGGGGGUCAGAGCUGUACCCCAAUCCCCGCAACAUCGACGUGCAACUUUAUAGAUCCUCUAAGCAUCUAUAUUCUACACCCUGACUUCACCUCACCCACUCCUGGAAAUGACAAAACUGACAUGAAGCCAAGAAGCAAUGUAUAACGUGUCAGAUGAGAGAUGGUUAGAAAUACCUGGUCCUUGACACUUGGCAAACGCUUUUAAAAGAAUCAUCUUAAACCCAGCAUAUCAGUCUUUACUUUGUUUCCUGAAGUCAAAUGUGUAGAAUAGUUUUGAUUGGACAAUAAUGAUAUGGUUAUUUCAAAAUGGGUGAUUUGUUUACAUGUUUAUUUUGUUUACAUUUGUAUGUUUACAUUCGCACAUGUCUUUAUGUGUUUUUUCAUGACUAUUUCAACAUGGCUAAUACUUGAAUUGUUUCGACAUUUUCUGAUGCUGUUGCGUGUAUAAAUACUACGUGGCGACGUUUAAUAGAGCCACAUACAUUUUAUAAUAUUGUUUCUUUAAAAAGCAGAUUUUCUUUAAUCGGCCCAAUACAAGGUUUUAACGUUGAUUAAACAUUGCUUACUUCUACCAAAACAAUGUUACAUUUCUGUACACAGAAUACAAAGUUCACCAUUGAUAGUCUCUAAUUUUACAUACUAAUAUCUAUAAUAGAAUAAAUCUAUAGGGAACUUCUACCAUGUUUUCAGAUAAGCAAGAAUCUCAUAAAUAUGUAUACGUCAAAUGAUGUCCAACAUCCUUACGUAAGAAAAAUGUGGCUUCACAUAUAGGGUGACUGAUGUCAGUUAAGUCUGCCUGGGAAAGGUGGCAAAUUGCAACAAACAAUGGAUUUACUACAGGUUAUU